GCACAUUUCUGUUGUUGCUGUGCCUACCAAUCAGAUGGCUUCAAUAGGAACAUAACGAAAUUUUAGAAAAUCAAAUGUCUUGUUUGCAAGAUUUUUUUUUUUAAUCAAAAAAAUCUUCCAUUGAAACCUGUACUUUCAGGAUUUGAUUUCAGUACUCUGUUAAUACUGAUCUGUAGGUAGGAAUAAGCAUUAAUGGGCAAAGAAAACCAAACCUAUUUGACUGAAUUCAUCUUGCUGGGGCUUUCUUCAGAUCAGCAUACUCAGGUCCUGCUGUUUGUGGUAUUUCUCAUCAUCUACCUACUGACUGUAUCUGGGAAUCUGCUCAUCAUAGUCUUAGUUAAUGCUGACUCCCGACUUCACACUCCCAUGUACUUUUUCCUUAAAAACCUGUCUUUUGCUGACCUCUGUUUCUCUACAAGCAUUGUUCCUCAGAUGCUACUCCACUUCCUGGUAAUGAGAAAGACCAUUUCCUUUGCUAGAUACUCAAUUCAGAUGGUGUUUUUCUUAGUAGCUGGGGCUACAGAGAGUUCACUUCUAGCAGUGAUGUCCUAUGACCGCUAUGUGGCUGUCUGCAAGCCCUUGCACUACUCUACCAUCAUGACCCAGAGGGUUUGUGUCCAGCUGGCCAUAGCAUCCUGGGUCAGCGGGACAUUUGUGUCUCUGGUAGAUACCACAUUUACUUUGUGUCUCCCGUACCAGGGACGAAAUGUAAUUAAUCAUUACUUUUGUGAACCUCCUGCACUUCUGAAGCUGGCUUCCACAAACACCUACAAAGCUGAGAUGGCCCUCUUUUCAGUGGGUGUGGCUAUCCUCCUACUUCCUGUCUCCCUUAUUCUGAUCUCCUACUGCAACAUCCUCUCCACUGUGUUGAGAAUGCAGUCAGGGGAGGGGAGAUUUAAGGUCUUCUCUACCUGUGGUUCCCAUCUCACUGUCGUUAUCUUCUACUAUGGAUCAACAAUAUUCACCUACAUGAGGCCAAACUCCAAAAAAAUGAAUGAAGGUGAUAAAAUUAUCUCUGUGUUCUACUCAGUCAUAACAUCCAUGAUGAACCCGUUCAUUUACAGCCUGAGGAACAAGGAUGUAAAGGAGGCAUUUAGGAAAGCAUUUGGGAGAUAGAAUCUCUCAGAUGCAGUGAUCUUUACAUAUAUAUCUAAAGAUCAAUUCAACCACAAGUGGCGGAGCUGUUUGCCCAACCAUGGCACGUGACCUCACAUUCCAGCAAAUGUCUUGAUAUGUCACACACUGCCUCCCUCCCAGAAAACUACCGGCUUGAAGAAACUAAUAUUUAGAAGCAACCUUCCUACAUUAGAACUCUCAGACCAGACAUCCCUACACCACCAAUAUGCCAUACCUGUUCCACCCUCAGACAUGUUCUCCUUUCUUCUGCAGGUUUGCUGUUGCCAGUAUCUAUUGAGUUCUCCCCUUUGAAAAGUGCAUAACCCACUGUUAGUGCAAGAACACCCCUAGAGGAAUACCUGUAGAUUCUUACUGAUUUUCACACUGCACACUACCCCUCUCUCUGAGAAAAAAAUGAAUCCACUGCUGGC